AUGAAUGUUGAAACACAGAGCAGUUUAUAUAACAAAUUCAAAGACUUAUUAGAUACAUUGAAAAAUAAGGAAAAGCCCCCUGUUGUCUUUACGCUUCAUGAAUUGAAUUGUAAUGACACAAAACAAUUUUUUCAAGUAACUGCGGAACUCAUCUCAUCCGGCAUCAAUUUCGUUAUUGCUAAAUAAAUUGACAAGAGAAUGUGGCACAUUCUUAAGCAAUAAAUCGAUAUUGAAUUAAAAAGCAUAUCUCCAGAUGUAGAAGAAGAAAUUUAACAAUUUUACGAUCUUCGAAUAAAUUUCCUCAGAUCUAUUAUCAAAAAUCUGACACAAUCACAUUAACUAGGAGGAUUGAAUAAUGAUAAUGAAUUCAGAUAGUUUUUAGCUAAUUUAUACUGCUAUGCAGGGGAAUUACACGAACAUCUUGGUAGGAGAUUAGAGAAGAUGAAUCAAAAGCCUAAAGAUAAUUACAAAAUUGCUGAUUUGUUCUUUAAUAAGGCAAUUUCUAUUUACCCUUUUUAAGGAAAAUACUACUUCUUGAUAGCUACCUUAAUGAGGUAAUUUUAAGACACGUUCAAUGCAGUAUGUAAUCUGCAAAAAGCCUAUUUUGCUCAAAUACCCUACAAUUGCAAGGAGAACAUGAAUGAAGUCUUUGAAAUAAAUAGGAGCCACUUCAACGAUUGGGCUAAACAUGUCAAGCCUGCAAGUGAAUUGGAUAGGAAUACAUACUUAAGAACUUUUAUGGUGUAUUUAAUAAGAUUCAAUACGAUUGUUUUUACUAAAAUUGGGUUCGAAGAGUUGUCUUAAUUAACUAAUAUGUUUUUUCAUUUGCAAGAGUAUUUCAAUAUCAUCAAAACUAAUGUACAUAGUGAUUAUAAGCAAUAAUAUCAAUUGUUAUUGAAAGUCAUAAUGAUGACGAACUUUGGUUUGCACAACAGCAUUACCACAUUCUAAUUGAAAACUGUUCAAGAUAUCAAGGAUAAUGAUUUAGUGAGAGAGUCAAUCAAAUUUGUAUAUGGAUUGUAUGUCAACUCACUUGAUUUUAUAUUAAAAUAUUUGCUUUAGAAUUCUAUGAAGAAUUUAGAUCAAGUACCUCCAGUGACAUUUUUAUAAUUGGUAAUUCCAAUCAUCUACUAUUUAUAUGAUUAACCUUUGAUUUGUACAUAUUUUUUGUCUGAAUACCCUAGUUUAAAUGAUAAAUUGGCAUAGAUCUAUUUAUACUCAAGAUAGAACUUGUAUUAGGCAGAGAAUAUGAGUAACGAUCUAUUUUAAUAUCAAACUUAAUUGAAUGAGUAAUUUCACAACUUUUUGUUUCCAUUUGAAGUACCUUUAGUAGGAUUCACUUGUUAUAACCACGUACUAUAGACAUUCAAACAACAAUCUUCAACCUAGAAAGAUGAAGAUACUUAGACAUCGAUAAUAUUAUUUUAUGUUUGCGAACAAAUAAUAUAAUAAUUGCAUGGCAUUUAAAUAAAGAAUGUGAAGGAACAGAAGUGGGAAGAAGAAAUUCCAAAAGAAUUGAUUAGGAAAAAAAUAAUAAUUGAUGGAAUGAAUGUGGCAAUGAGAUAUGGAUAGGAAUAAUCUUAGGUGGCAAAGUUUUGUUCGUAGGGAUUGAAAUGUGCCUUAGAAUUUUGGGUUAAGAGAGGACAUGAUGUUAUGAUCAUAUUGCCUGACUUUUGUUUUAACGAGAGCGAGAUAAGCAAGAAGAAGCUAACAAAUUAAAACAAUGUCAACAAAUUGCCGGAUGAUGUCAAGUUGUUAUUGGAUAUGAAGAAUAAAGGGUAUGCUUAUGGAGUUCCAAAUUGGAAUUAUGAUGACUCUUAUAUGAUUCAACAUGCAAGAGAAAAGGGAGGGUUGAUUUUGACCAAUGAUCGAUAUAAUGAUCACAUUAGAGCUCUGGAAAACAAUAUUGUAGAAAGAGAAAGAUUGAAGGAAUGGAUCAGAAACAAUUGUAUCAGUUAUACCUUUCUAUAAAAUGAAUUGGUUCCAAACCCUGAUCAAUUAAAGAGAAUUUGAUUAUUAUAAUAUGCAUAACAUAACAUAAAUUAUGUAAAAAAA